AUGGGCUUCGUGAUGAUCUUUCAAAAUGCCAAACUCGAAGUCAUGGCCAAGAGGGUGGAGAUGUACGAGGUCUCAAACGAAGCCUCGUCAAAUGGCGACCUCGUCGAAAUGAAGCAUGAACCACAGUUUGAUAGAGGUCCUUGGCUACCUAAAUCCUCUCAGGUCUCCAAAACACUGCAUAGCUUUCCCGUGACCGACUUCGAAGAGUAUGCUAUCAGAUGCAACCUCACCAUGCCGCGAACCGAAUGGAACUAUUUUUCUCUGACAUUUCAGCAUCCAGAGGAUCCGGAGCCAGCAAAUGAAGAUGGACUCCGUCGAAUAUGCCAUGCACUGGUCGAGCGAAUAGACAUCUUUCCAACCAUUUCUUUGCGGCAUCAAGAUGGCUACUUGCAAGUGCUUCUUGCUCGUGUUGAACCGCAUGUGAGCGUCAGUCGGGCGUCGGGGUCGCUGGAUGCAGUAGCGUUGCUGUCCAUGAACCUGUAUCGAUUAGGCUCAACCACAGCAUCGCAACCCUAUGACGGACUCUGGUUGACAUUUCGGCCGGAAGUCUUCCUAGAGUCGGGGAAUCCUGUUCUGGCGGUUGUGAAUGCAGGCCCUGGGCCGAGAAACCAAGACAACACUCAGCAUCGGCGCCGACGCGGCAGGAAUUGA